UGUCUGUGUGUGUGUGUGUGUGUGUGCAUUUGCAUAUGUGUGCACAUGUGUGUGUGUGUGUGUAUGUAUACUUGUGUUUGCGUGUAUGUGUGUGUGUGUGUGUGUGUGUAUGUAUACAUGUGCAUGUGUGUGUCUGCGUGUGUAUGCGUGUGUGUAUGUGCGUGUGUGUGUAUGUGUGUGUGCGCGUGUGUUUGUAUAUUUUUGAGGUGUGCUGAGCCAGAGUGGAUGGGGAGUGACUUACAAUCUGUGCCUUAAAGGUGUCUUCAGUAGACAUGAGCUGCACUUACUCAUAUCCCACAUCUCACACAGUGCAGAGAACAUUCUGGUUUAUUCACUGGAACAAGCCACAGGAGCUUGAGGACCUGUCCCAGGACCCAGAGUACUCUCACCGUGUGGAGUACCUGAGGAAUCAGAACAGUGACUGCACUUUCAGAAUAAAGCAACUGAAAGAAAGCGAUUCAGCAAUAUAUCGCUUCAGGUUCCUGACUGACCGUUAUGGUGGAAAAUAUACUGGUCAUUCUGGAGUCUCAUUGACAGUUACAGGUCUUCAGGUGAAAGUGACAGAGAAUGAGGCACAGAGUGUAACACUGACCUGUAGCAGCACCUGCACUUUGAGAGGCACCCCAACCUUUACCUGGUACAAGAAUGGAAAAGUUGUGCCCUAUGAGUAUAAAUACUCCCUCAAUUUAGCCAGCACUGAUGAUACAGAUCUCUACUCCUGUGCUACAGGAGGAGUCACUUCCCCUGCAGUCAAUGUGAAAUGUGUAAAGGUUGAAAUGAAAUCUGAAACAAGGAGUGAGGGAGAGUGGGUGACACUAACCUGUGAAAUCACCUGCACUGACCUGACUGGCAGGCAAACAAUCAUCUGGUACAGGAAUGGAGAAUCUCUACAAUACAGCGAACAGAAAUAUCAACAAGAUGACUACCUUCAGUUCAUAGCCACCAGUGGAGAUGCAGGCAGCUACUCCUGUGCAGUAAGAGGUCAUAAGAAUCUUCUGUCCCCAGCAGUGGCUCUCUGUGAGUAUUUGAAGACAAACUCAAACAUUUAACUUUACUGAGUCUCGUUCGUUACUCAUUUUGAAAAAGCGGUGAUGCAGUUGUACUUUAAUGUACCUUUAAAAGACAUGAGAACUGGGCAGAAGAGCAACCUGCAGA